CCAAUGCUGGGCACUUGGACACUGGGGAGGAGCAUGAGGGAAAUCCUCUUAACCAGGUAAUCUCUCCACCCAUCUGCUGCUGUCAUCCACCAACAUACCAUUCCCUCCACUGGCCUUUAUCAGCUAGUGCAAAUAAAAGGCCAUGCUGCUGUCUCCUCAGGCUGAAAGGAACUGGGAGAGUGUUUGUUCAGUGCUCGAAGAUGUGUUGGAGAGCCAGUCACACAGGCAGUUAUUUGCUUUAGAGCUUGGUUCUGGAACUGGCCAGCAUAUCAUACGGUUUGCUCAGAAGAUGCCCUUUGUCAUUUGGCAGCCAUCAGACAUCAAAGAGGAUUCUCUAGAGAGUAUCAAGGCAUAUAUUGCUGCAACCCAAGCAAAGACGGUGCUACCACCUGUUCACCUGGAUGCCAGUGAACCGUGGGAGAAAUGGGCAGGACUGAGUCACAACUCCUGUGACGUUAUUAUUUCCAUUAACUUACUGCAAUACAGCUCCUUCAAAACAGCCCAGGGAGUGUUCAGUGGAGCAGGACAGAUCCUCAAACAAAACGGCCUUUUGAUAACAUAUGGGGUGUAUGCUGUUAAUGGCAUCAUCACACCAAGUUGUAAUGAAAAGCUGGAUGAGGAGCUACGAAAAAUGAAUCCAGACUGGGGUCUUCCAGACAUCGACGUGCUCAGACAGCUGGCCUAUGGGAACAGGAUGCGUAUGGAGCGGAUAAUUGAGAUGGAAGAAUACUACAAAUGCCUCAUCUUCAGAAAACUCUAAAGAAGCCAAAAUACCAAAAGGACAUUAAAUUAUUAGUUCACAUCAGUUAUGAGUGUAAGUCUAUAGUCUUUAUAUUUGUAAAAGACAAUUCUGCGAUGUGAUAAUGAAUAUAGUUGAAUAAAAGCUUUAAUAAACCCUUUGUGUGUGGUUACAAAACACAAGUCGAGGCACGUGGACAGUAAGAACCAGAUAUUUAUUAAAUAUAAUUUUAAAAUUACUUCAAAGUCAGAUCAGUAUGUUGGAAUAAAGAAGUUCACAGACGCCAACUGAAGAGUUACAGAAACCACUGAUUGGGUGUGUGAUACAUACAUGCAGCACAUCAUGUUUGCUCGGCAAGCUUUUCUUCACUUCUGGAUACUCAAGUAGACUUUCGAAAGAGUGCCACAUAUACAGGCAUCUGUAUAUGUGAUAAUUACAACUAAUAGAAUGCAGGCUGGGACUCCUAGAGGAAACUUUAUUACAGGUUAAGGUCAUAUGCUUCUGUUUUGUGAUGGCACUUGAUGUUCAGCAACACCAGUCGCUUCAACAGAAGGGAUGCAAGAUGCUAUUAGAACUGCUGGACUGCUUUUAGUAUGAAUAUUUUAUUGUUACUAAUUUAACAAUUUAGUAACAAUUUAACAACUAAUUUUAAUGAUUUAGUUAAUUAAAUAUAAUUGAUGAAGACUAAACAACCACCCAGCUAAUUUUCUAAACAGUUCUCCCAUAAUGUGCUAAUCCCUGCAUCGUCUCUGAAACUAUAUUAACACACAGUUGAAGCAGCACACAACAAAUAAAUGCCCACCCCCCCCCACCCCAAAUUAAAAAAAAGAAGACUUUAAUUUGUAAUUAUGAGAAGGGAUGAUAUGAAAACUACUGGUUGCGCAUUAGUGAGAUUUUUUCCAGGCGUCUGACUGUGCUUUCACUCUUGAGACAUACCAACAGCAUCUUAAACAGUGAAUAUAGAUGUUUCUCAGUCACUUCCUAAACUGUUAAAACACAUUGAAAUAA